GACAACAAGUUUUAGCGUCGUUGCCGGGGACUAUUAUUUUUAGUUUUAAUUUUUUUUAUUUUUCUAUCUAAUUUUUAAAUAUUAUUUGAUUUGCUUGUUUUCUUUUAUUUACAGAAAAUUGUGUUCGUUGUAUGCUCCGUGCCCAAGGCGACAAUCUUGAACCGUUUGAUUCGAAAAUAGAACGUACCUUUAGACAAAGACGUAGGGGAUACAAACAAAAACAGCAACAUCAAAUGGCUGAUAAUCUAAACAAUCCUAACCCUAUACAGCCAAUUGGACAAAUGGCCGUGAGAGCUCAACAGCAAGAGCAAAGGGAAGUAAAUGAAGGGGACUUGCCAAUUUCUAUGUUUUUGACGCCUAUAGGAGCACCCGCGCGGUCCAGCAUAUUAUAUCUAGAUUUUGGAGUAAACAACUUUCAAAUACGGGCUGAUUGGAUUAAUUUGAUGAACAACACUCUACAAUUCUAUGGGUUACCUCAUGAGAAUCCAAACACACAUAUCUUAAGGUUUCUCAGGAAUUGCCAGAAUUGUCAUGCUCCUGGGGUUAAUGAGGACGCCAUCAAGCUACGAUUAUUCCCAUAUACACUGAGAGAUGCAGCAUUAGAAUGGUUGGAUGCCGAACCGGAUGGAAUUAUUACCACAUGGGAGGAACUGACUAGGAAAUCCUGCAAUAAGUUCUUUCUACCAGCUAAAGUAGCAAAAAUUAGACUCGAAAUCCAAACUUUUCAACAGAAAGAUGAGGAGAGCUAUCACAAGGCAUGGAAUAGAUUUAAGGAGUUGAUGAGGAAGUGUCCAAAUCAUGGGAUCACUAUUGGAAAUCAAGUGCAUUAUUUCUACACGGGACUUUCACCACUAUCCAAAUCUCAAGUGGAUUCCUCUGUAGGUGGAUCGAUCAUAGGAAAAUCAGUGCAGCAAUGUACGGAUCUAGUUGAGUUGAUUGCCACUACUCAUUCCAUAUUUUCAUCAGAAAGAGUGGUGCCUCCAAAAACAGCUGGAAUAUAUGAAUUAGACAGCACAACAUCUACCAACGCCCAAAUAGCAGCAUUAACAAAAUAAGUAGAGUUAUUGGUGAAGUCACAAACAAAAGGAGUGUAACUGGCCCAUCUUACGAAAACUGCGGGGCAAAUCACCUAACAGAAAAUUGCACAUCUAUGGGCUUUCCGGAGGAACAAGUCAACUUCAUUCAAAAUGACUCUCGAAAUUUUAAUCCCUUUUCACAAACAUAUAACCUAGGAUGGAGACAACACCCAAAUUUCAGAUGGUCGGAUAAUCAGCAAGGGAACGAUUCAAACAAUGCACAACAGGAGAAAACGCCAAGUUUGGGAGAGAUGUUCAACCAGUACAUAUAGAAGACAGACAAGGUGUUCCAGCAGAUUGAUACUAACUUUCAGAAUCAGCAAGCAUCCAUUAAGAAGCUGGAAACUCAAAUUGUUCAGAUUGCUCAACAGCUUAUCGAACGCCCACAAGGGACAUUGACAGGUAACACAAUGGUUAAUCCAAAAGAGCAAGUGCAAGCUAUUACAACUAGAAGUGGAGUGCAACUUCCGGAGACAUAUGUGAAGAGACCAGACAGAAAGGACAAAGAAGUAAUGGUUGAAGAGGCUGGGAUAGAAGCAAAGUCUGAACAACCAACUAACGAGGAGGAUAAAAGGAAAUAAACACCCACAAUGAGAGCACCCAGCCCGGUGAAAGCUUAUGUGCCACCAAUUCCCUUCUCUCAGAGGCUACAAAGAAAGAAGUUGGACAAGCAGUUUGCCAAGUUUGUGGAGAUUUUCAAAAAACUGCACAUCAAUAUUCCAUUUACAGAUGCAAUUGCCCAAAUGCCCAGCUAUGCUAAAUUCUUGAAGAAGAUCCUAUCUAACAAAAGAAAGCUGGAAGAACAUGAGACAGUCUGCUGAUAAGUAUUUCAAUGGAAAUUGUGGAAUUCAGGAGAUAAGAGCCGAA